AUGGUGGCUUUUACAAUUUCACAUAUUUUCCUAGUCUUCUUGCUAUAUCCCUUCCAAUAUUCAAGUUCUUUAUCAUCGUUGAACAAGGGAUCUUUUCUCUCAGUAGAGAAACAUGCAGAAGAUGUACUUGUUUCUUCAAAUGGCACAUUCUCUGCUGGAUUCUAUCAAGUUGGAGAAAACGCAUUUUCCUUCGCCAUAUGGUUCACAGAGCUGAGGAAUCACAAUCCUAACAAUAUUGUAUGGAUGGCGAACCGUGAACAACCUGUCAAUGGUAAACACUCAAAGCUUUACCUCUUAAACACAGGAAACAUCCUCUUGCUUGAUGCAGGUCAACUCAACACUUGGUCUUCAAACACAGCUUCAAAUGAUCCAUUAGAGUUGUAUCUCAAAGAAGAUGGUAAUCUUGUGUUACGUGAGCUUAAAGGAACUACCAUAUUGUGGCAAAGCUAUGAUUUCCCAACAAAUACUCUCCUUCCAAAUCAACCUCUCACUAGAUACACUAAACUUAUUUCUUCUAGAAGCUAUAGUAAUUAUUCUUCUGGCUUCUAUAAGUUAUUCUUUGAUGAUAACAAUGUUAUUCGACUCGAUUAUGAUGGUCCUGAUGUUUCAAGCACAUAUUGGCCACCAACUUGGAUGUCAAGUUGGGAUGCUGGAAGGUCAAAUUACAAUAGUAGUAGAAUUGCUUUGUUAGAUUCUCUUGGAAAGUUCAUUUCAUCAGAUAAUUACAUUUUCUCCACAUAUGAUUAUGGAACUCUUUUGCAAAGAAGAUUAACCAUAGAUUCUGAUGGUAAUAUUCGAGUUUACAGUCGAAGAAACUUGUCAGAAAAUUGGUAUGUUUCAUGGCAAGUAAUAUCUAAUACUUGCAUCAUUCAUGGAAUUUGUGGUGCAAAUAGCACUUGUAGCUAUGAUCCUAAAAAGGGUAAGAAAUGCUCUUGUUUGCCAGGAUAUAAAUUGAAGAACUAUAAUGAUUGGUCUUAUGGUUGUGAACCUAUGUUUGAUUUUACAUGUAACAGAAGUGAGUCUACCUUUUUAAAAUUACAAGGUUUUGAGCUUUAUGGCUACGAUGGUAAUUUUGUUCAGAAUAUUACCUACAAAGGUUGUGAAAGUUUAUGUUUACAACAAUGUAACUGUACAGGAUUCCAAUACACAUAUAAAGAUGACAGUAACAUCUUUGAAUGCUAUACAAAGCUACAAUUGUUGAAUGGUAGGCAUUCACCAAGUUUUCCAGGAACAACUUACUUGAGACUUCCAAAAGGCAAGAACUUCUCAAAACAAGAGUCUGUGAGUGUAAAAGAUCACAUUUGUUUGGUGCAGCUUUCUAAACACUAUUUCACAAAGCCAACAGAUAAUUUGGUGAGGUUUUUUUUGUGGAUUUCAAUUGCAGUUGGUGGUUUAGAAUUUGUUUUCUUUAUUGUAGUUGGGGUUUGUUUAAAUAAAACCAAAAAAAAGUCUAGUGCAAAUCAAAAUAGUUAUCAUCAUGCAAUAUUGGGAUUUAGAAGGUAUAGUUACUAUGAGUUGAAGGUAGCUACAAAGAAUUUUAGUAACGAGAUUGGAAGAGGUGGAGGAGGGGUUGUCUAUAGAGGUACAUUGCCAGAUCAAAGAGAUGUUGCAAUAAAGAGAUUGAAUGAAGCUAAACAAGGAGAAGGAGAGUUUCAAGCCGAGGUAAGCAUCAUCGGAAGGCUUAAUCACAUGAACUUGAUUGAAAUGUGGGGAUAUUGUAUUGAAGGUAAGCAUAGAAUUUUGGUAUAUGAGUACAUGGAAAAUGGCUCUUUAGCUGAAAAUCUUUCAUCUAAAACCAACACACUUGAUUGGAGUAAAAGGUAUGAUAUCGCUUUAGGAAUAUCUAGAGUUUUAGCAUAUCUACAUGAAGAAUGUUUGGAGUGGAUUUUACAUUGUGAUAUAAAGCCACAAAACAUACUUCUUGAUUCUAACUUUCAGCCCAAGUUAGCAGAUUUUGGAUUGUCUAAGCUGAAAAAUAGAAACGAUCUCAAUAAUAACUCAACAUUCUCAAUGAUUAGAGGCACAAGAGGAUACAUGGCCCCUGAAUGGAUUUUCCAUUUACCAAUAACAUCUAAAGUAGAUGUUUAUAGUUAUGGGAUUGUUGUGUUGGAGUUGAUAACUGGAAAGAAUCCAACAUUGAUGAAUAUAGAAGGAGAGGAUGGAGAAAUGACAUACAAUGGAAGUUUGAUAAGUUGGGUGAGAGAGAAAAAGAGGAGUCAAUGUUGGGUGGAAGAAAUUUUGGAUCCAUCAAUUGGGACUAGUUGUGAUUUAAGUAAGAUGGAGAUUUUGGUUAGAGUUGCUUUGGAAUGUGUAGAGGAAGAUAUGGAUAUUAGGCCUAAUAUGAGUCAGGUGGUUGAGAUGCUCCAAAAUAAUGAAAGAGUUGUUGAGUGA